UUUCGAGAAAGGGCAGCCUUAUCUACAAGAAGCCACAGUACAGAGCUUACUCCUCAACGAAGCUGAGAAGAUGCUGAGCCUCUCCGUGACUUUUCCUCCCAAACCCAUUUCCCAACUCCCCAAAUCUUUCCUCAAUGGCGUCCAGUUUCGUCAACCGAACCCCAUUCAUCUUCCUUUCGUUAAAACUCGCACUUCUUCAUCAUCAGUGGUUUUGAUGGCGAAGAAAGAAGAAGAGUUGAAAGAAAUCAGAGCCAAAACCACUGAGGAAAUCAAUGAAGAGGUUGUUGAUUUAAAGGGUGAGCUUUUCAUGCUCCGCCUCCAGAAAUCGGCGCGAAAUGAGUUCAAGUCUAGUGAGUUUCGUCGUAUGCGCAAAAGGAUUGCUCGCAUGCUUACUGUUAAACGUGAAAGAGAGAUUGAGGAAGGAAUUAACAAGCGAUUGUCAAGAAAGCUUGAUCGACAAUGGAAGAAAAGCAUUGUUGUCAGACCACCUCCAUCAUUGAAGAAGUUGCAAGAGGAAGAGGCAGCUGCAGAGGCUGAGAAAUCUGCAUGAGCCUAUUAUGUUAUGCAGAUAAUGUACUUUCUUUGUUUAAGAAAAAGAGUCUUUAGAUCAUUGCUCAUUUUCUGUUUCAGACCAUUUUUGUGUAUAAUGUGCUGUUGCUGGUAGUUUUCUUCCUCUUUUCCCUUUUAUAAUUUUUGUAUCAUCUCCCCUGGCAACAAGCUUGAGGAAUUGAUUAUUCUAUCCACAUUUCAGUUAUAUAGCAAUUACCUCAUUUAAUUAAAGAUUCA